UUGUGUCUCCGGUCUCGUUCAAGGCUUUUUUUUUUUUUUUAAGGAGGAUUAAAAAAUGAAAGUAUUUCGAGCUAAUUGUAGGGAAAAGUGUCAGCGCUUUCAUUCAGUUGUAACAGCAGUCACACUCUCAUAAAUCCAGUUUCCCUCACAUGUUGUGUCACACGGCUGCUGUCGGUUGGCGCUACACGGUUGUUUUGUAGCAUAGAUUUGUUUUGCUAACGUCUCGUAGCAUACCUGUUAGCUCGCUCACGGUAGCUAGCUGGCUCGGUCACUCGCUAGCAAGUUGGAACAACAUCCGGCUCUACAAAUUAAAUCAGAUGAUCACCAACCUGUCUUUUCUCCACGACUUGAAGACUGUCAUUCUGCCACAAUGUGUCCGGCGUCACUCACACCGAAUCACGGAGAAAGUCAGCUUAAAGAAAUUACAACAUCGAGCUAGGUAACCUAAGUUAGCUAGGUAACGAGGAACCGUUUUCAUCGUCAACUUAUCCGGCAACUGUCAUUGUGAGUGAGUUGCUGGCGAGCUAACGGACGUCAGCUAGCUAGUUAGCUGUUUAGCUAGGAUAACGUUAUCGUAUCAACCAGUAUUUGGAGAUACUUCAUUCAAACUCCGGCAACAAUGGCUGCAGAUCUGCAGGCGAAAUACAGCAAGUUGGCACAAGAGUAUUCCAAGCUCCGUGCCCAGAACCAGGUGCUGAAGAAGGCAGUGGUGGAUGAACAGGCCAGCUCUGCCUCACUAAAGGACCAGCUGAAGCAGAGGGACCAGAGUCUGAGGAAGGUGGAGCAGGAGAUGGACAGUCUGAGCUUCAGGAACCAACAGCUGGCCAAGAGGGUGGAACUCCUGCAGGAGGAGCUGGCUGCCAGUGAAGCCAAGGGCAAAAAGGGGAAGCUCCAUCAGACUAAAGGGGACUCCCCUUCACAGCAAGGCCUACAGACCCAGAGCGUUUUCGAUGAGGACCUGCAGAAAAAGAUCCAGGAGAAUGAGCGACUUCAUAUUCAAUUCUAUGAGGCAGAUGAGCAGCACCGGCGGCAGGAGGCCCAGCUAAAGGCACGGUUAGACGAGCUGGAGAAAGACUCUGAGCAGCACCAGGCCGUUGUCGACGGACUCACCACCAAAUACAUGGAAACCAUCGAGAGGUUGCAGAGUGACAAGGCACGCUUAGAGGUCAAAGCCCAGACUCUGGAAAGAGAGGCAAAGGAAUGUAGAAUGCGAACAGAAGAGUGUCAGCAGCAGUUGAGACGGUGCCAGUCAGAACUGAAUAGACAGGUGAAGCAAAGCAGCAGCGUUAUCCAGGAGAAAGUGCCCUUCAAUGACACCAAAUUUGGCGACUACAACAGCCUAAAUGUUCCACCACACAAUCGAAGGCACCAGCUUAAGGCCCGGGACGUGGCAGGUCAGGCCGUGGGGUUUGUGCAGGAUCUGGUUGCAGCUCUGUUGAAUUUCCACUCUUACACAGAGCAGAGAGUGCACAUCUAUCCUUUGGACUCGUCCAUUGAGCCCGUCUCCCCUCUUAACCAGAAGUUUUCCCAGUAUUUACAUGAGAAUGCAGCUUAUGUGCGCCCUCUGGAGGACAGCUUGCAGCAAUUACACCAGAGCAUCACAGAGGACACGGUCACAGUGCUGGAGACUGUGGGCAAGCUGAGGAACUUCGCUGAGAAUUUCUCCUCAUACACCCACUUUCUGCAGAAGAUUUUACCAUAUCAGCUGAAAAGCCUGGAAGAAGAGUGUGAGACCCCUCUUUGUACCACUGCCCUUGCUGUGAAAAACCAGGAGCUGCAGAGUGACAUGAAGAGAGUAACGUCCAUGUUUGAGAAACUACAGAACUACAUAAACUUGUUAGCCUUACCCAGUGUUCAACAGGAUGCCAUGCCUCAGAGCAGCACCUCUGCCGUUUUCACCCAGCUGGCUGCCUGUCUCCACAGCCUUCACGAUGCCAUUAAAGAAAUGUCAAAGCACUACAACCAGAAGGCCACCUUAGAGCAGGAGCUGCCCACUGUCACCCAGAAGCUGCGUACCACCACCGAGUGUCUGCUGGGAUCUCUUGGUUCACUGACCAACAGCACUGGCAAGAUUGCCACUUUCUUCAGCAACAACCUAGACUUCUUCACGUCAUCCACAGGCUACGGCCCAAGAGGUGGCACAGUAGCCCUCAACCCCUUGCAGGCAGAGAGCAUGCUGGCCAACAAGAAGAAAGCAGCUGCCUAUAUCCAUGCUAUUAGAAAGCCCAGGCCUCAGUCUGUUCCGUACAGAGAAGCCCUGUCGAACCGCCGCAUAUUGACCAGCUCCACAGAGAGUAGAGAAGGUCUCACUCAGCAGGUGCAGCAAAGCCAGGAGAAGAUUGCUCGGCUGGAGCAGGAGAAGGAGCACUGGCUCCUGGAGGCCCAGCUGGGGAAGGUCAGGUUGGAGAAGGAGAACCAGCGCAUUGCAGACCUGGAAGCCCAGCUUGCAGCAGCUCUGGGGGGAAGUCCGACCGCACACACAGCCCUGGCCAGCACGUUAAUACACAGCCAAGAGGAUGCAGAGACGGAGCAGAGAGCCACAGGGAAAGAGGCUACGCUCUGCACAAGCCUGGUCGGCAUGCUGUGCACAACACCUACAGUUGAGCAUAUGGGAGACGAGGAGUCAAGGGAACAGCUGAUAAAGACUCACUAUAUGGCCAGAGUCGGGGAGCUCACCACUCAGCUGCAGAUUUCGGACAGCAAGGCUGUGCACUUCCACUCUGAGUGCCGUGCAUUAGCCAAGCGUUUAGCAAUCGCAGAAAAAUCUCGGGAGACUCUGAGUGAAGAGGUCAAACUGGCCAAUCAGAACAUCACACGCUUGCAGGAUGAACUGGCUACGACCAAGAGGAGCUACGAAGAUCAGCUGAGCAUGAUGAGCGACCACCUGUGUAGUAUGAAUGAGACACUGAGCAAGCAGAGAGAGGAAAUCGACACGCUCAAACUGGGCAGCAAGGGAAAUGCCAAAAAGAACAAAGGUCGCUAGGCUCGUCCCGAAGCUGGCUCCAUUUGGCAUCACAAGGGCACCCUGAGGGAAGAUCUGGAGUGUGGAGCCUCCCAGCAGCGGCCUGUCACUACUACUACCACCAUCACCAAACCACCAGAUGGAGAAGCUACAUGAGCCGUGGGUUUCUCUGCUAUCUGGUUACACAGAUGGACUGGGAGGUGGAAAAUGUCUCUUACAGAGGAAGUGUCUUUUUUUCUCUUUCUUUUUCACAGCACCAAUUACAGCAGUAUUUGUAAAAGGCUUCCUGAAGCUUUGAAGGAAGCUGCUGCUUGACCUUUUGGCCAAAGCAGGGUGGGAGAAAGACAAAGCGUUUCCCAAAGGGACGGCUGAAGAGAAACAGCUGAAGCCUUGGUAAUGCUUACUGAAGUCAAGACUUGAAGACCAAACCCUGUUGAUUAGUGUGUGUAAUUUUUCUGUUUAACGUACGUGUGGGACUGACAGAAAAACUGCAACAGAGUGCGCUCUUACUGCUUAUCUGUGGGAGGUGAUCGAGUAAAUAUGGUGUGACUGAAUGUGUGUGUUUUCAUUAUGCAAGAGAAUGUGUUUGUCUAAUUGUGUGACUGUGGCACCACGCUUUCGAACAAAUGAGAUGAGUUUGGUUUUACAUUGAGAUUUUUUUUUUUUUUUUUUUAAGAUUUAACUGGAGAAUAGUGGCUGUAAGGGCCUAUAUGGCAACAUAUAAUAUCCCCUCUAACAGUUGCACACAUCACAAGCCUCUCUAACGAAGGGCUUUCCACCUGAGUGAACGAACAAUUAACAGACACACUUGAAUUCAUUCCUAAUUUUGGAAUUCUCUGUCUUUUGUAAGUGGUGAAAACGAAAGAUGUCUGCCUUGAAGCAAUGAUCAACUUUGUUUACCUGGAGGAAAGCGUUGGACGGACAUAAAAUGGUGUCAGUGUCUCUGUGAAGUUGCUGUGUAACAUUAGUCAUUUUAUCACCAAAGUAUGUACAGUAUGGAUGUGCACUUAGAACACUUGUGUAGCACAAUAGUCUCUGAAUUCAUGUUCUAUCAUGUGUGGAUAAAAAAGGGUUAAUGUGAAUAUACUCUCCUUUGAAAAAUCAUGAAAUACAUUAUUGUACUGUAUAAUUUUUAAAAAGGAAUAUACAAAAGAGGCAUUUAUUCUGAGGUUACAAAUGUUUAUUUUACAAAAAAUGAUGAAAAAUGAAACUCAAAAAUGUAAAGUCAUGCAAUGAUUUUGGGAUGUCUCAUAUGGUAGAUGGCUGGUUUAAAAGGAGCUGUUAUGGUGGGUUGGCCCCUACGCCGUGAUUGUUGGUAACUGGUGGUUGGACAGCCUAAUCUAUGCCUUACGGCAGAGAGCAUUUAAAGUUUACAAUUUACAAUACGCUAAAACCACUGGUGCUUGCAGUGGCACUGUGAUGAGCUAAAUCAACAGAGCGUGAACAGCGGUGACGUGAAGUUAAUUAAAUCCACGUUUGUCUAUCCAUACCUGCCAGCAAACCUUUUACUACAAAGAUUUGCCAUUAACCCCUCCCUUGAAACUUAAUAAAAAUAAUACUUGUAUCCUCACAAUAUUAUCUGUUCAGAAGCACAUAAAUAUGCGAAAGAAAUAAAAAGCUUGCGCAACA